AUGUCUAGGCUGCUUCUUCCCUUUGACAUUGGAUCUAAAGGAUACGCCCGAGAUAGUACCGGGAGACAGAUUAGGUUCAAUGCUCAUGAUCUUUAUCAAGCCUGUGGUUCCAAUGGGUUUUUGGAAAUUCAUGGUGUCCAGCUUCAUAAGGUGCUAUUGAAUUGGGCGGAAAGAGUUGAGAUGGGCGAUUGGGAGGUGGAUGAAAAUGGGGUUUCUGGGGGGAUUGAGAAGUUCAAGGAUGCUGAUACGUCUGAUCUUUGGGAGAAGUAUCAGAUUCCGCUUUCCUGGUGA